AUGUUGGGCCAGGCGUGGUGGCUCAUGCCUCUGGGGCGAGGGGAUAGGCCUAGUUCCGGGUGUAAGGGGGCCAUUAGGGAGAGCAGAGCGAGGCAGCUGAUCUUCCGGAUUGGGGGCCUUUCCCGGAAGCUGGACCUCAGGGAGAUGAAACGGAAGAUGCACGAGGAUAUGAUCUCCAUACAGAACCUUCUCAUCUACGUGGCCCUGCUGCGAGUCACUCCAUUUAUCUUAAAGAAAUUGGACAGCAUAUGAAGAUUGGACAUCACAUGUGAAUGCAUGAUAUGAAGAGCCUGGUUACAGUUUCUACUGUUCUCUGCAAGUAAAUAGGCCCAGAAAGGUGUAAGAGACUCUUUGAAUGGACAUAAAAAUUCUGCUUGUUAAGAACAAGUUUAGCUCUGGUAACUGAUCUUAAUAGCUAAAAUAUAAAAAUAUUUGGGAAGUCUGAAAUGAGGUCUCCUGGCCCUGGUGUGCCCUUAAUGCCUGUGACAGUUGGCCUCUGUGAAUAUUGGUAUAAUUGUAAAUAAUGUCAAACUCCAUUUUCUAGCAAGUAUUAAUAAUUAAGGGAAGUA